UAAUAUUUUCUGAAUGUAUGUGAAAAGAAGCUGCUAGAAAUUGGCCGUACGUGACACUUUACACAAUGCCUAUAUAAAGGGAACCCUGCCUUACCACAUCGUCACUCACUCAAACACGUAAGAUAUAUACCUAUACACUCAUCUAUAUAGAUAUAUACUUGCAUAGUUAAUUUUGAAACUGCAAAACAUGGCCACUUCUUCAAAGGUGAUCAUAGCUGGGGCAUUCCUGGCUUUGCUCCUUUUGGACAUUACCUUUGCUGCUAGGGUCCCUAAGGGAGUACUUAAAGGAAGUGGUGGCGGUGGUGGUGGUGGAGAAGGAGGAGGAGGUGGUGGAGGGUCAGGUGGGUCGGGUAGUGGAUAUGGAUCAGGGUACGGGUCCGGUUCUGGGUACGGGUCUGGUGGUGGAAUAGGAGGUGGUGGAGGAGGAGGAGGAGGUGGUGGUGGUGGUGGAGGAGGGUCAGGUGGGUGGGGUAGUGGUUAUGGAUCAGGUUACGGGUCCGGUUCUGGAUACGGGUCUGGUGGUGGAACAGGAGGCGGUGGAGGUGGAGGUGGUGGUAGAGGAGGAGGAGGUGGUGGAGGAAAUGGUGGUGGAUCCGGGUAUGGAUCUGGAUAUGGUAGUGGAUCCGGAUAUGGAAAUGGUGGUGGCAGAGGUGGAGGCGGUGGUGGAGGUGAAGGAGGCGGAGGAGGAGGUGGUGGUGGUAAUGGAUCAGGAUAUGGUAGCGGGUCGGGUUAUGGCAGCGGGUACGGAGGUGGAGCAGGAGGUUAUGAGUCUCCAUGAACAAUAUUAUCAAUUACAAGAGGUUCCUACUUUCUUUCGGUUUGCAAAAUAUUUCCAUCUUUAGGGUUUGUAUUUGGUGAAAUAAAGCAUAGACUUUCAGUGCAUGCAAAGUAUACGUACGUAUACAGUUACUUAGCUUCCAGCCAUGCAUGAAAAAACUAUGUUUAUGUAUGUCUAUGAUCUAUAUAUACACCACUGAUCAUCAUAAGUCAUAAUAUUGUAAUUCCCAGUACUAUGCAUUACAUGAAUAAAUUAAUGAAAGUUACGGUUAAUUCUACA